CGUAAUCUCACAGUUAUGGCUAAUACAAAUUACCUUUUAAUUACCCUUUCCUGAAUAAAUUCUCUAGAACUAACUAUAGGUGUCUUCGCAAUAAUUCGUCAACACACAUACGCUUAAAUUAUUACUAAACAACAUAAUGUGUAAAAGAAUUAGGAGGAAGGUAAGUUGAAAUUUUCGAAAAUUUAGAAAGCACAAUAGAGCUUCGAUAAAUAAAUCAACACUCCCUUAUCUGUUUAUCAACAAACCUAAUCACAAACAAAUCAACCGGGCACCAAGCUGUGAGCCAAACACAGCAAAGUUUACCCGUAGAAUGCAUUUCGCCGGCCAAUCAGGAACCUAUUACCUAGCCGGUACCACCCAUUCCAGGCUCUGGAGGGAUGUUCACGACUCAUAGGGUUUGUUAUUCUGUUUCUAAGGGUGACAGUGUCGGGUUGUAUGUUAAACAAUAGCACCAAUUCGUAGUUGUUACUUGUUUGUUGUUGAUGGUUAAGUACUUGUCCAGUAUGUUGAACUUAGGAGUGAAUCACCCUUAUUACAAGAGUUACGAAGCAUCGAGUUCAUCCUUUGAAUGCAACGUAACACUGAAAAACAAGGAGCUGUGGCAGAAAUUUCACUCGUUUGGAACGGAAAUGAUUAUUACUAAAUCUGGCAGACGCAUGUUUCCAUCGCUGAACAUUCAAAUAGAAGAUUUAUCGCCGAACGCCCUGUACUGCGUGUUCCUAGAAAUGGCGCCGGUUUCACCGAACCGCUACAGGUACUCCUCGUCGGGCCAGUGGUUCCCGGCCGGCACCGAGGAGCUCCAGAGCCCCAACAGAACCUACCUCCAUCCCGACUCGCCGGCCCGGGGGGAUUACUGGAUGUCCCAGCUGGUGUCCUUCGGUAGAUUGAAGCUGACCAACACGGUGGCACCCCCAGCCGGCCAGGUGGUGCUGUCCUCCAUGCACAAGUACCAGCCGAUGAUCAUCAUAGCGCAGAUCUCCGAUCCGAGGGAGCUGUACUGGUCGCGGUGUUGCAUCAAAUCCUUCGAGGAGACCCAAUUCAUAGCCGUGACAGCUUACCAAAACGCCAAAGUUACCAAAUUGAAGAUCGACAAUAAUCCGUUUGCGAAAGGAUUUAGGGAAACGGGACAGGCGAAGUGCAAAAGGAAGCGCAUCGAGAAGGAAAAGAUCGACAACGAGGAGUUGGUUUGCAUCAAAGAGGAAGAACCGUGCGCGAAAUCCGCUAGAUUGGAGAGUCCUGCGUCAGAUGUGAGUGCAGGAAAUGAUGUGAGUAAAGACAUUAAAAUAUUCCAAUCGCCUGCGAUGGAUACGCACGAAACUAGCAGAUAUUACGAUCAAAGUAGACCUUAUUAUUAUUAUCCUUACAUGUAUUCCUUACCGACAUAUUCGACACAUUUGUGGAGCAAUUACUACCCUCAAAUUCCUUACAUCCCCAAAAAACCUUCGCCUACUACCAAAGAUGUACCGGACAAACCUAGGAAAUUAACAGAUUUUUCGAUUAAAGCCAUAACUGGUUGUCAAUAGUUUUCCUUCUAGAUUAUUUAAAUUUUAGUAAUAACUUGUAGUUUUACUCCUAAACUAUUAAAUGUUUUAUAAUGUUUUUUAUAUUUAUAUUUUUUUAUGCGACAAGGUUAUUGUUCAAUAAAUUAUUGAAAUGUUACCUAUUUUUUUUUGUUUCAUUAUCUCGCAAUCAAUUUGCAUCGUAAAAACCAUAAAAUGUAACAACACUUCUUGUGGGUCCUUUUGGAGAGAAGAAUGAAAUGGCGCCGGCGCUUCCUGCCGGUACGGCAUUCUUUUGUCUGCCAUAUCACGUUUCCUAAUAGAGAAAAUGGCAAAUUCGUAGACACCGACAAAAAGUUUUUGGUCACACUGUCUAGCGUCUAGACUUGUGUGAUGCCAGUUAUUAAGGACCGCUAAGUAAAUAGUACUGCCUAUGUGGUCACUAAGUACCUUGACGGCCCCUAAUUUGGGUCGUUAAAACACAGGGGUGUUUUCAAUUAGGAAGUGUAAGUUUUUUUUUUAAUUUUAUUUUGAC